AUGCCUAAGAAGAGAAUAAUUAAUCAUGAUGAGCCUGCACCCGCGAGGCCUCAUAGAAAUAUGAAAGCCAAAGUAGUGUUUGAUCCAUCUGAUAAUCAUAUACCAAAGAAGAGAGCUAAAUAUUCUUUCAAAACUGAAAAACCUACAGAAGCUACUACUGUAAAAAAAACUACAAAUGUUAGAACUCAUGUUAAAAAAAGAAAACAAGUUACCACAAAAUCAAAAUUUCUUGGGGUAACCGAAUUAUUAGAUGGUUUGUCAACUGAAAACAAAACUAAAUCUCCAAUAGUUUCACCUACAAAUUCUCCAGUAAAAAAAAUUGUUCUUGCUGAAGAUCCUCCAGAUGGUUGUUUUAUUUGUUUAACAAUUUCAGAAAAGUCAGAAUUAACUGACUGUACGAUUUGUUCGAUCAGAGCUCAUAGACACUGUUUAAUAGUUAAUGAGCCCAUGUGGAAAUUCAAAUUAGAUUUAGGUCCUUGGCUCUGUAAAGAAUGCAGAAAACAAAAUUGUAGCAAAUGUCUCAAAGAUGAUUCCCAGUCGGAGAUAGAGCAUCGCUGCAUAACUUGUGAAGUUGGUUUACAUUCCGAUUGUUAUGAAUCGUGUGAUGUUAAACCAUUACAUGAAUUAAAUACUGGUAUGUAUGUAUGUAUCCCUUGCAUGACUUUGGCUACUCAAAUAAACCCAGAAGAAGAAGAAGAAGUAGUUGAAGCUGUUAAAGCAGUUAAAGCAGUUAAAGCAGCCGAGCCAGUUGAACCAGUUGAAGCAGUUGAAGCAGUUGAGACAGUAAAUGAUGUUAAUAAAGAUGACGUCGAGUCACGCACCUCAAGUAUUCAGUCUAUAUCAUCUGACGAAGAUGACACAGAUUCAAAAAGUAAUAGAUCUUAUAGUUGUUCAUCGGACUGUGAAAUAUAUGAUUCUGAUCAAAAUAAUAGUAUCCCAAAUAUAACAAAAUGGAAUAAAGAUCAAGUGUUUAAAUAUUUAGCAGAUGUUUUACCCAAAGAAAUUAUUGAUCAAAUAAUUAAAUAUGAUCUUGAUGGACGUGCUGUACAAUUACUUCAACGGGAUGAUAUCAUAUCAAACAUGGGUUUGAAACUUGGACACGCAUUGAAAUUUUACAAACAAGUGCGAAUUUUACAAUCGCAAAGUACUCUCAGUCGCAUAUUUUGGGAAUAA